AUGAGGUUCGUCCCACAACCUGAGAUCUACCAUGACGAGGCGGGUGGCUCCGAGACUCACUGGCUACCUGGAGCCUACUGCGACGCGGCCUACGCCACAGACGGACUCCCCGAGUGCGUCACACCUGACGAUGAGAGUAGUUUUUACUACCACGACCACGCUACCACUUUCACGGACAAUGUCUUUGUCAGCAAGACACUAGCCAACAUGGCCCCCGCGCUGAGAGUCGGUGCAUGGACCAAUGAGGCAGAGUUGAUAACCGGACUCGGUAUAGCCACCUAUGUGCACAGCGAGCGCGGUGCCACCGUGGGGGAGGAGGGCACAGCCAUGGCUCUUGACGACAUUGAGCGUGCCAUGUUGAAACGACGGCUGUUCGAGGAAUGGAAGAGGGGAGUCGGCAUAGGUGAUCAAGCCGUCAGCCCAGAACUCAUGGGCAACGAUAGGGCAUUCUGGGACACCAUCGUCUAUAGCGCGGGCGAGGAGUCAGACGCCGUGUCGGCGAUAGGCGAGUAUGCGCUCGGGAUCGCUAGCCGGACACAGCUCUCAUGGGAGGCGAACGCGCAGGCGAUUGAAGUGAUGACGACCAUGACGGGGGUGAGGACUCCGCUCGCCCUCAACCUAAGUGACGCAACAGAGCGAGGACGUUAUACCUUCGUAGAGGCUGAAAGGAUGCAGCAUAUGAAGGGGGUCUCGGGCCAUUGGCUCGAGAAUCGUGUUGGACAUGAAGGACUUGACAUAAUAGACUGCCCUAGCCUCGAGAAUGCAUUGAACAGACUGAACCUCCUGGAACUCGGACCCGACGACAUACGCAUGUGUGUAAAUCCCAUAAACCAGGAGGCACACAUAUACUCUUACCGCGUGGACACGGCCAUAAUGACGACAGUGCAGGCGCCACCGUUCGGAUGGGGGCUGCGGGUUCACUCGCGCAACUUCCAGACAGGGGAGUACACGGUGCUCACCCUUUCAGUAUCGGCAGUAUCCAACCUCGAGGUGGCGUACCUCACACAAGGGAAGGGGUGGCAUGCCCCCCUAAGAGCUUCCACAUCAGUGGGCACCUCGACAGCCCACCUCCAUUCUCGACUAACGAUUGGGUCCCUCCGCGCCAGACCAGGGAAGAGCGGGCAGGGAGCGCCGGAUGGUACGGAGCCAGCGGGUUUUCGGGACGAGGCGCCCACAUUAUCGCCAGAUGUCCCCACUGCGCCUGGGGGCGUCGCAAAUGUCGGCGCCGCGCCGGCCCCGCCCACCACGAAGCCGGGGGCUUCUGCAGAGGCGGCAGAGAGGAACGCAGAUCACGUGGCGGCGCAGGACAGCCAAAAACUACUGAAGGAAUCGACGGGGUGGCUCAAGCUAGGCGGACCUUUCAUAUACAAGGAGUGGAGACUGUUGACGUACUGGGAAACCUUUAGUGGAUAUGUGGCACCCGUGGAUAUUAACACACUGCGCGGAGAUGUGGACGAUUGGCUCACUGUCACCAAACACAACGGUGAGCGUAUUGACGAGGCAAGGUACGUCGUAGACAUAUUAAACGAGACAGUGAGAUUUAUGUCCGAGGAAUGGACCAUGCCGGAAAAACUGCCGACGAUGGAGGAGUGGGUUGCGAGUGGCGUUUGGAUGCGGGGAAAGGCAGGGACGGGGCGUAAUACGCUGAUAAGGGUUGAAGGAAAGGAGAAGAGGACUAGGAGGUACAAGGGCGUGGAUGCGGCACUCAAGAGUGACAGGGAGAUAGAGUACGAGCUAUGCGAGGCGCGCCGCGAGAAUAUGAAGAUCAUGCAAAAGAGCGAGGGGGGGAAAGUGAGACCGGCGGUGGUAGGGGGAAAUGAAUUGUACCGCAAGAUGGACUUCCUGUCAGGGCUCGUUGAGGUCGGAUUGUACGGUUCACGGACUAGUACAUUGUUCGCAGGGGCCGCGGGCAAUGAAACGAUAGAUAGGGAGUGGCUGGCGGAGGUGCGUAACAGUUGUACGCUUAAGGUCCCGCUUGACCAGUCCAGCUUUGAUAACAACCAGUCGAAGAGUACAAUACUAGCUGUCCUACUAGGGAUAGAACAACAUAUCAUGGGACACGCGGGUGUGCCUGAACAGUACAGGGAGGUAUGGAGUCGGAUGUGGGAUACAUUCACAACUGCGGGGGUGGAGGUCAUCAUGGGCAACGACCACCGCAGCUGGGAGAAUGGGGUACCGUCCGGCUGGCGUUGGACAGCACUUAUAGACACUAUCCUCAACAUCGUCAGUUUCCGGGUGGCGACACGCUACUGCUUAGAGUAUUACGGAGUAGCCGUACCGGUAGGAAAGUGCACGAUGCAGGGCGACGACGUGAUAUUCACGACGGUGUCUGUAGGAGCUGUAGAAGCCUUGGUCGCGAUGUACCUUACGCUGGGGUACAAAGUGCACCAGCACAAGACGUACAUAUCAAGGGACCAGGUUGAGUUCUUGCGACGCAGUUAUGAGUGUAGCGGCAUUACUGGCUAUACACCGCGCACACUGCUAGCCUUAAGAUUCAGAAACCCGAUCAUACCUAUACCGAUCGCUCCGGCGGAGAGACUGUGCUCCCGGCUGGCACUGUGGUCACUGGCGAGACAGCGGGGUGCAUGCCCAACAAGCUGUACACAAAUGUAUAUAGAAGACGCAGUGCAGGCCGGAAUUGACGCGAGUACUGCGUCGGCUUUCGCACUAACUCCUGCGACAUAUGGCGGAGCAGGACUGGAGAUACACGAGGGACAUAUGCGCAAUUACCACAUCAAGACAUAUGGAAGUAGACAACCGUGGAUCAGACCUCGCCGCCCUUGGAGGUACGCCCUACACUGGGCAGGUGGAAGGAAAGGAUAUUGA